AGACUGGAGCAGCUGCGAGUGCUACAUCUUGGCACUCUGAAGCUAUUGGCUCCUCUCUGGGGAGUGGAGGAUGUUCAGUUAUUAAUGACCGCUGAGCAGGCAGCACCAUGUCAGUGUGACAACUGAUCGGGUGAACGAUGCAGCUCUAACCACCAUGGAAACAAGGAGAAAUAAGAAGAGCUAGCAGGCAUCUUUCUCUUCACUGGAUUGUGAGCCUCAGCCAGCCGGCAACAGAGCUCUGGCAAAUGUAAGGGAUCUCAGCUGGCAGCACAGAGAUUCUCUCUUUUUGUAGGAUAUCUAUAGAUAAAUGUAUCCUAUGCUAUAUAUACAUGCAACUCUUCACACCCUGGCAUUAACACAAGUAUGUGGUUACCUGCACUAAGGAAUCCAAAUAUACAGAUGCAGAAGUCCUCCAGCACUGAAAUUACUCUUGCAGGGUCAUCCUGUCAUUCCUGCCAACACUAAUCAAUCAUGGGAUCUGAAGUUAAUACUAGUAAAUAAAUGAAUUGCUUAAUCUUCUAUGACCAUCUAUACAUGCUUCAUCAUCACAAAUCUUAUCAGUUUUAUGGCAUCAAGGAGACAGUGACCUUCAUUUCCACAGCAUGCCUGUUAUCAUUGGACAAGGUGGUUACGAGGUUAUCACUUAUUUUCAGGAAAAAAGUCUUUGUGCUUCUUUGGCAUUCAUCAUUUGACAAAUGCAAGUAUUUGUUUUAUCAAAUGACUAGCUCUUACUGAAGUUAAAAACAGCAUCUGUGGUAUCCUUAAAGGCCAUUUACUUUUCUGAAGACUUGAGCUAAGAUGAAGGACAUGCCACUCAAAAUUCAUUUCCUUCUUGGCCUAGCUAUCACUGCAUUUGUACAAGCUGUAGAUGAAAAGGUAGACUGCCCUCAGUCAUGUACAUGUGAGAUCAGACCUUGGUUUACCCCAAGAUCCAUAUACAUGGAAGCUCCAACAGUGGACUGUAAUGAUUUAGGCCUUGUUAAUUUCCCAACGAGACUGCCUGCUAACACACAGGUUCUACUUCUACAGACAAACAACAUUGCAAAAAUUGAACACUCAGUAGACUUCCCAGUGAACCUUACUGGUCUUGAUUUAUCUCAAAACAAUUUAUCCUCAGUGAUCAAUAUUAACCUUAGAAAGAUGCCACAGCUUCUUUCGGUGUACCUUGAGGAAAACAAACUUACUGAGCUGCCUGAAGAAUGUCUGUCUGGACUGAACAAUUUACAAGAACUCUACAUUAAUCACAACUUGCUUUCCACAAUUGCAUCAGGAGCUUUUAUAGGCCUUGAUAAUCUUCUCAGACUUCAUCUCAAUUCAAAUAGCCUACAGAUGAUCAACAGUAAGUGGUUUGAAGCUAUUCCUAACCUUGAGAUUCUCAUGAUUGGGGAAAAUCCAAUCAUCAGAAUCGAAGAAAUGAACUUUAAGCCUCUUAUCAAUCUGUGCAGCCUGGUUUUAGCAGGCAUAAAUCUCACUGAAAUACCUGAUAAUGCAUUGGUUGGCCUUAACAAUUUAGAAAGCAUCUCAUUUUAUGACAAUAGAUUUGUUAAAGUGCCCCAUGUUGCUCUUCAAAAGGUUACAAAUCUCAAAUUUUUGGAUCUAAAUAAGAAUCCCAUUAACAGAAUACGAAGAGGAGAUUUUAGCAAUAUGCUGCACCUAAAAGAAUUGGGAAUUAAUAACAUGCCUGAACUAAUUUCUAUAGAUAGUCUUGCUGUUAACAAUUUGCCAGACUUAAGAAAAAUAGAAGCUACCAAUAACCCCAGAUUAUCAUACAUCCAUCCAAACGCUUUCUAUAAACUUCCCAAGCUAGAAUCACUCAUGCUCAAUAGUAAUGCACUUAGUGCCCUAUACCGUAAUACAAUAGACUCUUUGCCUAACCUCAGAGAAAUCAGUAUACACAGCAAUCCAAUCAGAUGUGAUUGUGUCAUCCGCUGGAUUAACAUGAAUAAAACCAACAUUCGAUUCAUGGAGCCAGAUUCAUUAUUUUGUGUGGAUCCUCCAGAAUUUCAAGGCCAGAAUGUGAGGCAGGUACACUUUAGGGAAAUGAUGGAAAUCUGCCUCCCACUGAUAGCGCCUGAAAGUUUUCCCUCAACUCUGGAUUUAGAAACUGGCAGCUAUGUUUCUUUACACUGCAGAGCAACAGCAGAACCAGAACCUGAAAUAUACUGGAUAACACCAUCAGGUCGCAAACUUUUGCCUAAUAUGGUUACUGAUAAAUACUAUGUCCAUUCUGAAGGAACAUUAGACAUAAGUGAUGUUACACAAAAAGAAAGUGGACUAUAUACAUGCAUAGCAACUAAUCUAGUUGGAGCAGAUUUAAAAUCAGUUAUGAUGAAAGUGGAUGGUUCCUUCCCCCAAGACAGCAAUGGAUCUUUGAAGAUUAAAAUAAAAGAAGUGCAAUCUAAUUCUAUUCUGGUGUCUUGGAAAGCAAGUUCUAAAAUUCUGAAAUCCAGCAUUAGAUGGACUGCAUUUCAGAAGACCGAGAACUCUCCGGCUGCACAGAGUGUUCGAAUUCCAUCUGAUAUAAAGGUGUAUAAUCUUACUCAUCUAAAUCCAUCAACUGAAUAUGAAAUUUGUAUAGACAUUCCCACCAUCUACCAGCAGAAUAAAAAACAAUGUGUCAAUGUCACCACAAAAGGAUUGGACCUUGCAGUGAAAGAUUAUGAAAAGACCAACAUAACAGGAUUCCUUGCCUGCCUUGGAGUUCUUUUGGGAGUCAUCUGUGUGGUAUAUCUCUACAGUUGCAUCUCACAAGAAAUUAACUGCGAUGCAGGACACAGCUAUUUAAGGAAUUACCUGAAGAAACAAUCCUUUUCACUCAAUGAAUUUUAUCCUCCUCUAAUCAGUCUUUGGGACACUGGCAAAGACAAAAGCACAGCACUGGAAGUAAAAGCAACUGUGAUAGGAGUACCAACGAAUAUGUCAUGAAACAUCAAUGUAAACACCAAUGUUGGAAAAGCACAAGACUGCAAUUGUGCUAAAUAAAAAGGCAAAAAAAAGUAUUACUCUUUAGAGAUCAGAAGUCUGGGCAUUGCUGCUGGUGUUGACAAAUGGGAAUAUGUACUGAUUCAGCAUAAAAAAGAUUUUUAACUAACUGGCUUCUAAGGGUAUUGUGCCAACCAAAUACAAUUACUCCAUUUUUUUAGAACUUCCAUGUGACUUUUCAGUCUGGAAUACAGUGCAAGUAGCCAAGAACAUUUUCUGUAUUUUUUUUAUUUAAGUAAGAGUAGUAGAACUGAGCAAUACCUCUUCCUGUGCUGUAUUACACACACUAGCAGCGUGUUUUUGCAGUGACCAGAUAAAUUAGAAUUGACACAUGGUGUAAUGAAAUGGACAAAUUCUGUAGAGUAGACACAGUGAGUAUGUGAAACAUUUUUUAUGAGGAAAAAUACAUUUUUGAUUAAAAGCAAAAGAGUUUUUGGCUUGUUUGUUUCUUAAAAAAAGAAAAUCCAUCUGGGAGCUCCUCUCUGACAAUAAACAAAUUCAUUUUCAUGUCUUAUAAAAUCUCUCUCUAUAAAUCUCUUUAUAUAUUUUCCAGUUGAAAUGCAGGCUUGACCGCAUAGGAAAUUUUUGCUGUUUUUUUAGGCUGUAUAACAGCAAUAAACAACAUAAUAAAUACCUGUAUAAAGCAGUUAUCCAUACGGUUAAGAAGUAAUAACUAUAUAUUUUACCUGUUGGUCAUUAAAACACAUACAAACACACACACACACCUCUUCACCCAAAGGAGAAACAUACAGGGACCUACUGCUGUCAGCGAAUUAGAUUUAUUUUUUCACUUGGUGCCUGAAGAUUGGAUUUAAUUAUUAGACUCAAAUAAUGUAAAUCCAAUACUUUGGCUGCAAUAAAAAGGCCAAUUUAAUUAUUAACAGUGUCUAAAGUUUACGUUUCUUGGUACACAGAAAACUCGCACAAUUUGUAACAGAACUUAGCAAUCUUGUUGACAUUUAGGAUCUCUCUAUGGGUCUGCACAAUUCUGUUCUGAUACAACAGCAACCAUCACCAAUUAAAGGUUUAUUAAACUCUCCAGCUUUGAAGAUGUGACAUGCAAAUAGCUGAAUGAUGUACACUGAAAUAAAAUGAAUGCUUGAUCCCACUCACAAUGGCCUUCAUGGCAAAAUUCCCCUUGUAUUCAUUAGGAGUCAGGCUGGGCCUUGAAACAGCAAAUGGACACUGUUGCUGACUCUAAAUUUAAAUCCUAAUUCUGUUAUAUGGAUGGAGUAAAUCUGACUAUUCCUGGAUUCAGUGGAAAAAGUAGUCCAAAACUGAGAUAUGACAUGCUAAAGGAGUGUUGACCUCCAGGUGGUAGAGACAGAUGAAGAACCUAGCAGCAAAAUUGAUACCAUAUUCCAGUUAGUGGUUGUGUAUACAAAUACAGAGAACUAAGCCAGAAGGAAAAAUGGAGUUUCCAUUUAGGGAAUGAAAACAGUACAUUUAGGGAAUUAAAAAUUAUUAAAAUAACAUGUAAGUCUCUUGCAUAUGAAACAAAAAAUAGGACAAAAGGCAUUUUGGUUUUUACUAUGCUUUAAUAUUUUUAAAGUAUUGUAAUCAAAUAGAUUUUAUCUUCUGAAUUCACCUGAAAUAAACAUUUCUCUGGAAUUAUUGGCAGCAUUUGUGUAGGUCAGAACCCUAACUUUGAAAUUCUCCAGUGCUUUCUUGUUCAUUUUUGUGUGUGUCCACUAGCAAACAGACAUUUAACAUUUCCACUUAUUCAUGGCCUGCUGCAUAAUGCCAUUGGUCUGUAAGCAUUCCUAAUACAGAAAAUCAUCUCAUUUGAUAUAUUACAAAUGAAUAACUUACUUUCAAGUUAAAGUUGACACUUUCUGAUUAAAUCCUAGUUGUUUGUGAGCAUGUGCAAGUUAUUUUCAGAAAGAUGUUUAAAACUAGAAAGGAGAACACGCCAGUACUAAUUUUAAAAUAUCCCAAAUUUGGAUCUUUAUAAAUUCAAUACGUUUUGCUGAACACAAAUUUUACAAACCUGAUGAAUCACUAUCACACACAGGCUGGCAUCAGAAUUUAUCAGCUAGACAUGCUCAUAUAUCAUAAGAGAUUUCAGAACCUUGGACAGAGCUUUUAGAGCCAAGCUAUUUAUCAAAAACACAGGAGUUGAAAUAUGACCUAUUACAAUGCAAGUACUGUAUAGGUCAGCAAGAACUUGCUCAUGUAUCUUGUAUGUUAAUCUUUGGAAUCUAGCUACAUUUAGAACAUGUUACUGAUACAGGUCAGAGGUGAGAAUCUCAUUUGUUUCAAGCAACAGAAACUCAGCACAAUGGUGUGAACUAGCACACUAAAUGAACACCUAAUGGUAAGCACUGAAACGAAAAAAAAUAUUUUUGUUUCAGCUGAAUAAAUACAUCUGUUCAUACCAAAUCAUCAUGCUCUUUAAAAUCUAGUCUUGACUUUCUAUUAGUGAAGAAAAUAUGUUUGUUUGGCUAGUUAGGAGGGCAUUCAUUCUCUCCUGUAACCCUGAUACCUGACAUAUAUAAUACCUAAAUGUUGGUCAAAAUCACACCAAUCAUUUUAUAUGAAAAUAUACUUAAACAUUUAAAUUAGAGAGAUUGAUAACUCUAUUUCUAGCUGUUCAGAUGGAAAAUCUCUUGUGAGAAGGAGAAAUUCCUUACAAUAAAGUGGCUCUGCCACUCACCUCCCGUGUGACCCUGAGCAAGUCACUUCACCACUCCACAUCUCAUUUUUCCCAGUUCUAAUGAACUUUAACUUCCACUGAAAAGCACUUUGAUGUAUACCAACAAAAAGUGCUAUGUGUUAUUUUUAAAUAGGGCAAGGCACUCCUAUCCUUAAAUGAGCAUAUAUCCAUUCACUUCAAUGGGAGUAUUACCUGCAUAAAGACUAUGAGAUUUAUCCAUUAGAUCAGUGAUUCUAAAAGUGGGAUCUAUGGACCACAAGAGACCUGCGGAAUUCUUUGUGGUGGUCCGUAGAAUUAAAUGUUUUGAGAACCAAGCAAUAGGUUGGCUGGGAGCAGGGGCGUUGGGAGCAGGGAUGUCCCAGGAAAGAUCUCUCUCUUGUGAUUUGAUCUGAGGAGUGGAAAGUUUAAAGAACCCUGGAUUUUGAUGGUAACUUGUAGGGUUUACUAGUAGGAAACAAAUGAUACUGGUUGAUUUAGACACUAAGGAAAAUAACACUAUCCCAUUAUACAGGUAUCAUAAAUUUCAAUAUCAUUAUAGUUUUGUAGGAUUCCAUCAGAGUGCAAAUUUGCUUUAGUCUGAGAUUUUCCUGAAACUGACAGGAAAGUGAGUAAGCAGAGUCACAUUUUCUUUGAUGAAAUUCUGUUGACCAUAAACAUUAAAUGGGAAAAUCGUUUGCAGAUGGGAUCAUUUAAAAACUUGUAUCUGAUCUUAAUGUUUAUAUUUACUCACUGGAAGUUUGUUUCAGGGUUUUAUUACAGAGGCUACAUUUUUUCUCAGAUCAUAUUUCUUUGAGUAGCUCUAUGGUAAGAUGGUGACAGAGAUCUAUGUAUUAACUAUUCAACAGCAAUUAAACAAAAAAAGGCCUGGGCUCAGAAUGAGAAUGUUACAACCCCAUAACUAAGUAUGUGCAAAAACCACAUUGCCACUUUGUUUAAACAAUUACAGAAUAAGCUCAAACAUUGCCAUAAAUUAGGCUCCCCACUUGUCAAUUCUAGAUUCUGCACAGUACGGGCACACAGUUGUGCCUAUAAGGACAAGAUGAAGCAUGAUGAGCACAACAGGGAUCUAAGGAAAUCCACACCUGCAUUAAAGAGAGCACGGCUGCACAGCCAUCAAGUUACUUCUACUCAGAAACAGGAGUAAGACCAAACAGGUGGGGCACGUAGAUACGUGCCUCAUUUUGAUGUGAAGGGUUGCGCUUAAACCCAUAUCUCCUCAGAUGCACCCAUUCUCACACCCCUUUCAACCUGUGCUUUUGAAUCAUAGAAUAUCAUAGAAUAUCAGGGUUGGAAGGGACCUCAGGAGGUCAUCUAGUCCAACCCCCUCAAAGCAGGACCAAUCCCCAACUAAAUCAUCCCAGCCAGGGCUUUGUCAAGCCUGACCUUAAAAAUAUCUAAGGAAGGAGAUUCCACCACCUCCCUAGGUAACGCAUUCCAGUGUUUCACCACCCUCUGAGUGAAAAAGUUUUUCCGAAUAUCCAACCUAAACCUCCCCCACUGCAACUUGAGACCAUUACUCCUCGUUCUGUCAUCUGCUACCACUGAGAACAGUCUAGAGCCAUCCUCUUUGGAACCCCCUUUCAGAUAGCUGAAAGCAGCUAUCAAAUCCCCCCUCAUUCUUCUCUUCCACAGACUAAACAUCUCCAGUUCCCUCAGCCUCUCCUCAUAAGUCAUGUGUUCCAGUCCCCUAAUCAUUUUUGUUACCCUCCGCUGGACUCUUUCCAAUUUUUCCACAUCCUUCUUGUACUGUGAGGCCCAAAACUGGACACAGUACUCCAGAUGAGGCCUCACCAAUGUCGAAUAGAGGGGAACGAUCACGUCCCUCGAUCUGCUGGCAAUGCCCCUACGUAUACAUCCCAAAAUGCCAUUGGCCUUCUUGGCAACAAAGGCUCACUGUUGACUCAUAUCCAGCUUCUCAUCCACUGUAACCCCUAGGUCCUUUUCUGCAGAACUGCUGCCAAGCCAUUCGGUCCCUAGUUUGUAGCGGUGCAUGGGAUUCUUCCGUCCUAAGUGCAGGACUCUGCACUUGUCCUUGUUGAACCUCAUCAGAUUUCUUUUGGCCCAAUCCUCUAAUUUGUCUAGGGCCCUCUGUAUCCUAUCCCUACCCUCCAGCGUAUAUACCUCUCCUCCCAGUUUAGUGUCAUCUGCAAACUUGCUGAGAGUGCAAUCCACACCAUCCUCCAGAUCAUUUAUGAAGAUAUUGAACAAAACCGGCCCAAGGACCGACCCUUGGGGCACUCCACUUGAUACCGGCUGCCAACUAGACAUGGAGCCAUUGAUCACUACCCGUUGAGCCCGACAAUCUAGCCAGCUUUCUAUCCACCUUAUAGUCCAUUCAUCCAACCCAUACUUCUUUAACUUGCUGGCAAGAAUACUGUGGGAGACCGUGUCAAAAGCUUUGCUAAAGUCAAGGAACAACACGUCCACUGCUUUCCCCUCAUCCACAGAGCCAGUUAUCUCAUCAUAGAAGGCAAUUAGAUUAGUCAGGCAUGACUUGCUCUUGGUGAAUCCAUGCUGACUGUUCCUGAUCACUUUCCUCUCCUCUAAGUGCUUCAGAAUUGAUUCCUUGAGGACUUGCUCCAUGAUUUUUCCAGGGACUGAGGUGAGGCUGACUGGCCUGUAGUUCCCAGGAUCCUCCUUCUUCCCUUUUUUAAAGAUGGGCACUACAUUAGCCUUUUUCCAGUCGUCCGGGACUUCCCCGGAUCGCCAUGAGUUUUCAAAGAUAAUGGCCAAUGGCUCUGCAAUCACAUCCGCCAGCUCCUUUAGCACUCUCGGAUGCAGCGCAUCCGGCCCCAUGGACUUGUGCUCCUCCUGCUUUUCUAAAUAGUCCUGAACAACUUCUUUCUCCACAGAGGGCUGGUCACCUCCUCCCCAUGCUGUGCUGCCCAGUGCAGUAGUCUGGGAGCUGACCUUGUUGGUGAAGACAGAGGCAAAAAAAGCAUUGAGUACAUUAGCUUUUUCCACAUCCUCUGUCACUAGGUUGCCUCCCUCAUUCAGUAAGGGGCCCACACUUUCCUUGACUUUCUUCUUGUUGCCAACAUACCUGAAGAAACCCUUCUUGUUACUCUUAACAUCUCUUGCAAGCUGCAACUCCAGGUUGGGCGUAAGGGCGAGGCCAUGCAAAGCUUUUAAGAUUUAUUUCAGCUCAUUAAGAUUUUAAACAAGUCUCUGACUACAAGUAGCUUCCACUCAUGUUUGUAAUAGAGCAAAACAAACCUUACCCUCCCUCCUGUCCACCAACUGCACAACAAUGUGAUGGAUUAAGACCCACAGGUGAAAACCUGGUCCCAGAGAAGUCAAAAUUGCCAUUGAUUUUAAUAGAUCAGGAUUUCAUUCCAGCAGAUACACUCCCCAUUUUUUAAAAAAGAUUCCAGUUCAGUGCAUAGGUAUGUAGUACAUAGGAGGUGCCCAGUGAGCCGGUAACCACAUUACAAACAAUAGUACAUUCUCCACUCACAAUUUUGACAAAAUGGUAUUAAGGUAUAUAUCUGUGAUUUAAGUGUAAAUUCAUUAGCUUUCAUGAAUUUCUGAAUUAAAAAAGAAAAAUUAGAAAGGAAAUUAAAAAUUAAAUUUACACUUCUCAAACAAGGUAUGGACUCUCACCCAAAGAGCGACCACAACUUUACUCUAGUCCAGCAGAUACAACACAAGUGAGCUGAGCUGCAAAAGCUAACACAAUACAAAUGCACAAGUAACACCACUAAAGCAAAAAGGCAUAAUAUUUGGAGGUCUCAUUCAUUCUUCCAUCCAUUUCCAUACCACGAGUGUGUGCGUGCAUGCUCACUCACACACACACACACACACACAUAAAUUAGCCAAGAAAUGAUAGCAUUAAUGCUUUUUACACCACACUUGCACUGAACUCCUUUAAGAACUAAAUUAACAAAAAAUCUUGAAAAGACAUUCAUUAAGGAGAUUCCUAUGGUACCAUUAUAAAUCAUAUAGUCAUUGGCCUCCAUUCAUUGCCUUGUUUCCUCAAACUUUCACUUACAUAUGGUUGCAUUGGGCAUAUUUUUAUAAGAUUAACUUUAAAAACUCCUAUAUAACAUUUUCCUCUUUAGGCUACUACUACGUUGCUCUAAGUCCAAUGGUGCAGUUAAAGUUGUGGCUGGUUGAGUGAGAGUCAUCUUGUUUAAGUAGUGAAAGCUUUAUUUUUAAAUUCCUAGUUUCUAUCAGUAUUAAUAGGAUUAAUUAUUUGUAUUACCAGAGUGCCUAGAAAUCCUAGUCAUGAACCAGGACUCCAUUGUGCUAGGAGCUGUACAAACACACAACUAAUGGUUGUUUUUAACGCAAUGCUCAUGAGAUAGUAUAUGCUUAAAAUCACUUGAAACCUCAACUCAAAAGCAAAAGUUUUUGUCUGGGUGCUUUCUAAUUUUUCAAAAAUAUUUCUAAUCUAGGGCCGAGGGGAAUAGGAAACGUUAUGCAGAGGUGGGAGCAGGCUAUUUAACAAAUGCCUCUUUCAUAAGAUCUGCAGACACAAAGUUCUAUUCUUCCAUGAUAUGCAGGAGUGAAGCCUCUCUCCUGCAGAUUUUCGAUGGUGCACACUUUGUAGCAGCCUUAUAUGGCCUACUGAAAGGGGAGAGCAAGAGGAUUAUGGGGAACAGCCAAUCAGAGGUGUUGCUCAUGCCCCUCCUGUGACUCUCCUCCUUCUUCACAUGCAGUCCCCUAAUAGGAUGUGCAGAGAAAUACAGCUCCAUGUGAGUAAGUGUACGAGCCACAGACUAUCCUGAAGGGGCUCAUUGUGCUGCCCCGCAUGGAAAUUGAUGGGGGUCCCUCCCCAGACCCACAUUCCUGAAAGCCCAGGAUUUCCAGUGCUCAACCAAACCCUCCUGUCUCCCUGAAAGUCUUAAGGAAGAUUCUAAGCUCCCAAAAUAAAAUGACAUCACUGGCCUGCCGAUGAACAUAAGUAGAAUAGGCUGUCUCCCAAUGAUCCUGUUUAGGCUUGUCAGGGAUCUGACAAUGCUAUUUAAGUUUGUCAGGGUCUGCCAUGCCUAAUAAGGGUCUGAAUCAUUAAAGGUGGUUGUUGUUUCUAAGCCUAAUGAGGCUUGGUUCAACAAUCACACUCAGGCUCACAGCAGGGCAGUGGGGUGCUGCUGAACUUUCCAAGAUCAUAGGCAUUCACCAAAGGACCUGCAAAAGGGGAGCAUUACCCCACUCUACCACCACCUUAUGCCACCACCAUAUGCUCUUCUUUUCCACUAUCUCCACAUGCUCCGAUUCCCAUUGCUCUCCCUCCUCCACCACUUUCCCCACCCAACUGGAAUUACCUAUAGCCACCUUCACGAAUGUCCUUCCCCUCCAAGCUCCAUGAUUUGCCAUCACACUAACCCACUUCCUACAGUCUACCUAAGUUCCAUAGGAAGUGAGCACACUAGGAGGUCCUGAGGUUCUUGGGGCUAGUGGGGGGACUCAAAAAGGGCAUGAGGAAUCUCAAAGCAGAGAAAGGAGGCAGUGUAAAAGGCAAUCACACUAGUCCUUAAAUUUCAGCUUCUCAAGGAUAGAGAAUAGAAUUGUUUUACACACAACUUUGCUUCUAAAAAUAAAUUAGAGUUUGGAAUGCAAUACCAUAAAAUCAGUCUUAACUGACUUUUCACUUAAGUGAAAUGGUCCCUGUCAAAUGGAUGAAUGCAAUAAAAUUAAUUUUAAAUGUCUUCUACUUUCUGUUCUGAAACUAAAAUCUGCCAAAAAGUAUUAGAAAAAACUUUCUAUUAAAUAGGUCUUUUUGAGUGUCUUAAUUUUUAGAGAGAUUAACUGAUUAACUUCAAUUUACAUUUUAAGGAUUUUUGCUAUAUGGCUAAAGGCUACAUUUCCCCCCUCCUUUUAUUAAAUGAAAGCUUAGCUGUUCAGCGCUAAUUUGUGCUAUUUUAAACUCAUCCAAAAUUACAAUCCAGUCUGAUGUUACUAUUUAAAAUCUUACUAGUAGAUCCUUAUCUGUAUUGUGUAGCCCUUAAAGUUUAGUCCAUUCUAAUCUUUGGUCAUAUCUAUUAGAUCUUGAUGAACUGAAUCCAGUACAUUAGAUUUAUCUACUUCCAUCUAUCUACGUUUUUGUCUGUCUCUGCCCACUUCCUCCCGCCUUCUUCUGUAAGGUGGCAAAUAAAAUUUGAGAAUGUUUUGGACUCUGGUUUCAGAGUAGCAGCCAUGUAGCCCACCUUGAUUAUCAUUACAAAAGGUCCCACCCCCGCUCUCCUGCUGGUAAUAGCUC